AUGGCCAGCGAAGUGGUCGUUUCAUUUGGUUGGGGGGUGGUUAUCUCUGGGGCGAUGACCUUCAUCACGGCUUUUUUGGGACUCUUGUUGACCUACAAGAAGAACGAGUUGGACGCGGAGCUCGCCAGGAACAAGGACGCUCGGGAGGCAGCGGAAUCGAUUGCCGGAAGGAGAAGAAUCGCCGAUGCGAUAAGGCAAGAAAUGCUCGGCCCGCACAGGGCCGCCGUUGCCGCCGAGCGUCGUACCGCCAAUGACCUCCAGAGGUCAUUGGAUCAAGCUCGAGAGAGCGCGGAAAAUUUUCGACUUCGCGCGGAAGGCGCUGAACGUCGCGCGGUACUGGCCGAGACAGAACGAGACGCCCUCCAGACCGCCCUAGAUGAAGCUCUAGAGCGCGAGAGAGUCGCUGAACGAGGCGCGGCAGGCCUUGGAGUUCGCGCGGGACACGCCGAACGUCAGUUGCGUGAGAUGCGCGGCAUCGUGAGAAGGCUUCGGCAGGAAGGGAGCGGCGAAAGCCAACGAACCAUUUAG